AUGGGAUACAAUUCUCUAUCUUCAUCAGAUAUACUUCGCUACCGCAUCCCUACGAUUGCAGUUAUGCAUGCUUCAUCUGAAGUUAUUCCAGGCUAUAUUUCUUUUUGUUCGUAUCAAAGGUACGGAGCUGUCAUAGAUUCAGGUAGAGGCUAUUGUGUUGCUGUGUAUAGAGCAUCAAUGUCGACUAUUGUGCCAGGAAAUUCACUAUUGUGUUAUUUUCUGACUACACUGACAAGCCCCGGCCUCGAAAUAGUAGGUAGCACAAUAUAUUUCCUUGGCCUAGCAUUUAUCAAUCAGUUACUACCUAGUAUCUAUGAAUUUGUUGACAAACUCCUCACAAACUGGGCAGUUUCGCUCAAACAAGCGACAAUUGUCAAGACAAUCAGGAGAUGCCCAGAUUGGGUAAAAUUCAUUUGA